CUAUAUAUCCACUGCAAAAACCCACAUAAUGGCGUGAGAUUCCUACACCAGAUGCAAGUUGGGGGCCAAACUCCACCACCAUCAAAUUAGCUGCUACUUGGAGCUUGAGCUAUCCUGAUCCUGGAUAGAAUCCUACGAGGAGUGCAGCCCUGAACCAAUCCAUUGGCCGCAAAUACGGUGCACCUGUAAAUUGGUUGGCUGGGAGAUCUCAGCCGCACCUGUGGUCAGCACCAGCAUGAAGAAUCACACCCUGGGGAGGCAGGCUGGCAGGGCAGGCUGCAGGGAUCAGCUGGAGCUCAUAAGGCUGAAGCCCCCAAAAUCAUGAGCUGUCUUUCUUCUUCUCUCGCCAUUGCUAGGCAGGAGUGAGGUGACGACUGAUAUCAAUUGACCGAAGGCAACAUCUACAGCUCGAUAUAUAUUCUCAGCCAGGAAAAGUACGAAGCCGACACGAUCAAUUUCCAACAUCAUGAUCCCGCAUAGAUUCCGACCCCGAGGGCCAGGGCCCAAGCAGCAGCAACAGCAGCCGAGAGAUGCUCGGUCGGAAGCUGGCAGCGCAGUCAGUGGACGAAGCGGCCCUGACCAAGCGAAAGACGUCCCGAUGGUAUUGAUUCCACAACCACCAGCCAAGAAGCCCAAGAAGAUUGCACCACAAGCUGCAAUUGACGAAUUUUGGGCCAAGUUCAAUAGCAAGACUCCGGGCAUUGCGGAAACCGUCCUCCCCAAAAACGUCUACGCGAAGAAAGCACGCGAGCAACAGCCCAAAGGCACCAUUAGACCCGAACCUGCUGUCAAGUCAUACGAGGAAGCUGCCCAGAACUGCAAAGAUAAAGUCGCAAAGAUCGUCAAAGAAUGUCGUCGUGUCAAUCAGAAGUACCGCGAUCCGCACUUCGACAUCGAGUUCGACUUGAAGUGGGGUAAGAAAGAUUGUCUCACCAUGCUCAGUGGCAAGAAGGAUGAUGUCGACGACGACGACGAUGACUCGAUGUGGAACUUCGAUUUUGGGUUCAGCCCGGGAAGCGUGAAGAGAGUGGGAGACAUUUUUGAGGAUCCUAAGUUUUAUAUUGGUGGUGCGAAUGCGAAUGAUAUUCGUCAAGGACGGGAUGGCGAUUGUUGGUUCAUGGCUGCGUUGUGUACUUUGGGCAACAAGGCGGAUCUAAUUCCCAAGGUCUGCGUUGCUCGAGAUGAGCAAGUCGGUGUCUAUGGUUUCGUCUUCCAUCGAGAUGGAGAAUGGGUCAGUGAGAUUAUUGACGAUAAGCUUUACUUGACGAAGCCGGAUUAUGACGAGAGUUGGAUUGAGAGGAAUCUGAUUGAGGAUCGUCAAAGAAUCAAUUCUGAAGAGGACUAUAGAAAGAUCUAUCAGUCUGGCUCUGGAGCUUUGUACUUUGCUCAAUGCGAGGAUCCGAACGAGACUUGGCUUCCUCUUCUAGAGAAGGCCUAUGCCAAGGCUCAUGGUGAUUAUGCUGCCAUUGAAGGAGGGAGCACUGGUGAAGGUCUCGAAGAUUUGACCGGAGGCGUCACAACUGAGAUAUUCAGUACCGACAUCCUUGACAAAGAGUAUUUCUGGAACGAAGAACUCAUGAACGUCAACAAGGACUUCUUGUUCGGAUGUGCUGCUGGUAUCUUCUGGGGUCGUGGAAACCGGAAGGGUAUCUACGAAGGUCACGCAUAUUCUAUCCUUAAAGCGGUUGAGAUGGAUGGGCAGAGACUUGUUCUUGUUCGCAAUCCUUGGGGAGAGGGAGAGUGGCAUGGGCCUUGGAGCGACGGCAGUAAGGAAUGGACGCCCGAAUGGAUGCAGAAGCUCGACCAUCGAUUCGGCGAUGAUGGUGCCUUCUGGAUGUCCUACGAUGAUCUACUGAAGAAGUACGAAACCUUCGAUCGCACACGACUUUUCAACGAUGAAUGGAAAGUCACCCAACAAUGGACUUCUCUUCAAGUCCCAUGGACAGUUGGAUACCAAGACACCGAAUUCCACUUCACGCUCGAGAAUGCCGCUUCUGUGGUCAUUGUCCUGUCACAAUUGGAUCAACGCUACUUCUGCGGUCUUGAGGGUCAAUAUAAUUUUGAGCUCUCAUUCCGUGUCCACAAAGCUGGCGAAGAAGACUACAUUGUCCGCUCCCACGGCAACUACUGGAUGCGACGAUCCGUCACUGCCGAAUUGGAUCUUGAGGCUGGAGAAUACCACGUCUUGAUGAAGGUCGAGGCCGAGAAGAACGACUAUGGAUACUCUGUCGAAGAUGUCAUCCGCAGCAAUGCCAAGGAUCGUCGGGAUAAGUUGAUGCGCAUUGGUCUCGCUUACGAUAUGGCGAUGGCAAAAGGUAAAGUCGUCGAGACUGAGGAUGAGAAAAAAGCUCGAAAGGCUUAUGAGGCAAAGAAGAAAGCCAAGGCUAAGAAGGAGAUGAAGGAGAAAUUGAUGAAGGAAAAAAAGAAGAGGCGACAUGUUGAAAAUAGGGAUUUGAGAAAGCAGAGAGCUGCUAAUGCCAAACGGAAGGAGAAGGAGAAGGCCCGUAUGGAGAAGAGAAAGGCCAAGGAGGCUGAAGAGGCUAAGAAAGAUGAGGCCAAAGACGAAAAGAAAGAGGAGAAAAAGGAGGAUGUUCAAGCUGAGAUUGCUGAAGAGAUCAAGAAACAAGACGAGACCACAGAGUCCGCAACUGAAGUCAAAUCAGAAGUCAAGGACGAACCCAAGCCAGAGAUCAAGGAUGAGCCUAAGCCCGAAGUCAAGGAAGAAGCCAAGGAAGAGUCUAAACCCGAAGUCAAAGAAGAACCCAAAGAAACUCCCAAGGAAGACACUAAGCCCUCAGAUCCUACCCCACCAGCCACCGAAACCAAGCCUACUCCCGACCAACCAGCACCACCAACCGACAUCCCAACCUCGGACCCCAACGCACCCCUCCCUCCCCUCCCACCACCCCCACCCUUCGACGACUUCGACGACGACGACCUCUCAGACCUCAACAGCGUCGUAUCCGACAUCUCCUCCUCCGCGGUCUCCGACGCGAUUCUGGACGCCAAACUCGCAGCCGACGCCUCUCUCCCCCCUCCUCUCCCGCCCAACGAUGACGACGAAGAUGAGUUCGAGCGCGAUCCCUGGAACGCGGUCGCUGUUGUGGGGCUGAGGGUGUAUUGCAAGGGGAGCGGGGUGACGGUGAAGGUUUGUCGGCCGAGGGAGUGGGAGGAGGGGGAGGGGAAGCUGGAUUUGGAUGACAGUGCUGCAGAUGCUACGAAGGAUGUUGUUGAGAAAGUUGAGGAAGAGAAGAGAGAGGAGAGUAAGGUUGCUAAGGGAGAGGGGGAUGAAAAGAAGAGUGAAGGGGAGAGUGAGGGGAGUGUUGUUGUUGUGUGAGUGAUUCUGGCAUUUGCCUAUGAAUUAACUGUGAGUAGUAGCACGGGUCGAAGAUUUGAUCGGCAUUCAAAUUGCGUUAUGUAGCAUGUUUAUGUUCUUCUCAAUGUAGUUUCUGUCUUAAGGAAAAUCUCAUACCAAUUUCUGGACACUGGGCAUACUUUUAUUCAUGUUCUUGCCGAACGACAUGCUGAAGAGGAUGUAUGCCUUGUCAAUCUGAUUCAUCUUUCAUAUUCCUCCCUAUGAUUCGCAGAUAAUUUUGCACAAUUCAUCUUACCCCAUUCCCGUAGAAUAUUCAUGAAUCAUAC